UUUAGUUUAGUAAGAGACCGCUGCUUGAAAACAUUAAACUAAAUUUAUUUUCCUUAUUUUUCUGUAAAAUAAAAACAGUUUUGAAAGAAUUAACAACAUGUCGAAAUUAGGAGCUUGUGUGGAUGGAACUUUGACUUGGAUUGGCAAUAACAAAUUGGCGACUUUCUUAGGUCUUGUUGCUUUCUCUUUGAUGAAUUUACGAUUGAGUGAGUCAGUUUUCCCAAUUUAUUACGAUCUUCUUUUACAUCCUGAUUUGACGCCUGGUGAACUUGGUGGGGAUUUCAAUGGAGCUGUUAAAAUUACUUUGAACAUCACUGAAGAAACUGACGUUAUUGUUCUUCAUUCUCAUGAGUUAACGAUAUUAUCUGUGAAUUUCUCUACCCCAGAUAUGGGUGUCAUUGAAUCGACAUACGAACUUUUACCAGAAAUGGAGCAACUGAAGGUCAAACUUGACAGCAACAUUCCGAUUGGAGAUGAGUACAUUCUUGACAUUGACUUCGAAGGAUCUUUAAGGGAUAAAAUUGUUGGAUUCUACAGCAGCACAUACAAAGAUCCCGAAGGAAACGAUCGGUAA